CUUUGUUUACUCACGCCUUUGGGCGGGAAGUGUGCUUGUCCCAUAGGGUAUUUCUUCCAGCAGAAUUCCACCACUAACUGCUCGAAUUGCAGCUCUUUUUGUGAGAAUGGUGGAAUUUGUAUCCCUGUAGGCCUGCACCUGGCUUGUAUAUGUCCGCCUGAAUUCACUGGGAAGCUAUGUCAAACUCCAGUGUCAACCUCUAACCCAACCUUCACCCAGUCCCCAACCCCACUGACUAAGUUCUUAUCUUCCAUAUACCCAUUAAACCAGUUUGUCCCGGAGUCCAAGGUUUCUCCUAAAACAUCUGCUGAGCCAAAGUCUAGGGAUUUCAACAAAGUUGUGAAAAUUUCAGGAAAAAAUCCCACUUAAAAGUGUAACCUUUGCAGAAACAACCACUGAUGCUGUAAAAACCAAACUUAGUCCCAAGACUGUCUCAACCCCUGCUCCUUCUGUAACGGUAUCUUCCAGAUUCACUCUAGCAGUGCCAGUGACUGUUCCCAAGCUGACCUCUAUUCACAAGCUGACCUUCAAUCCCAAGCUGACCUCCAUUCCCAAGCCGACCUUCACUCCUGAGAUUUCCCUUCACACACCUCCUCCCAAGUUUCAGGAUCCCAACCCCAGGUCCCCGUACAUGACCACAUUGCCUGAAAGCACAGAUAUCCCCAAAGUUGCCAGUUCUUACGAUCCAAACCAACCCACUACAUCUCAGCGGUCAGUUCGUAAGUUUGCCAAUUCUCAUAAGCCUGCUUUUCUCACACCGCAUUUUUCUAAACAGACUCCAAAGCAAAAGGUAGCCACUCAGAAGUAUCCCCCUGAUGCUGCAACUCUCAAACCUGCCCUUUUCGAAUCUUCUCAGCCUGAUAAAAAUGCAGCUUCUCAUAAGCCCGCACAUGUUCCCAGUCCCCCUCUUUCUACCAAAUCCUCGGUUAAAGUUACUUCUGCUAAGACUUCCGUCCCCAUACUACUCUCUUCUCCUGUUCCUAUACCAUCAAGUGUACCAACAGACAUGGACAAGAACCAAACCCUGAACAACCCGGAUAAGGAGGCCGAUGAAGGCAAUGGUGGUGUCAUCGCUGGAGUGAUUAUCAGUCUACUGCUGGUGGUGGCCAUUGUGGUGACGGUUGUUGUCACUCUUCGGGUUAGAGGGAAAAAGCCGACCCUUGCUAAGCUGGUGUGGUACCACAAGGGCACCCCAGGGCAUAAGAAGAUAGAGGACCAGGAGGAGCUCGUCCCUGGGGCAGGAAUCCAAAACCCAGUGUAUGAAGAGGAACAAGAUAUAAAUUUCAACAUUCCUAAAGGCCCUAUAUUACGCUACCCAUCUGACACAUCCAUUGACUCCGCCUUCAUCAGCAACAGGAACAGCAAGUCCGCGUAUGAUGAAUUCAGUGGUUCAACAUGCCAACUUCUGCCACAUGACAGUGUAUAGCAGUGCCUUGUAACGCUGGUUAUCGUGGGCGACGGGACGCUUAGCACUUGAAGCGAUUUGUUCCGUGUGAGACAGGAUAUGCCGAGAUGCAGUUGUUUUGUCAGUACACUAUAUAUAAUCAAAAUAGUCACCUCCAAGAAAUUGUGCAUUUGAACUUUUUCUCUCUGGGAGAUUGUUAAGUGUGCCCUCUUCAUGAUUUUAAGAUACAUGUAUGUGCAGUAUUGAAAGUGUUCUGGGAUUUUUUUUUAUCUCCUGGAGAGACAAGUAAAUGAUUUUUUCAUCAGUUCUUGUGAUUCAUACGUUACAUUAAUAAUGAGCACAUUUAUGACUGAUCAGCGCUGAUGUUGGAACUCUGUGAGGUUUGUUCUAAACAUCCUGCCAGUGGAAAAUAUUAUUGCGGCUCUGUCAAAGGAGAUUUAAAUUUACAGCAGACAUUGUUGGAGUUCAUACCAAGGCAGGCUUCUUCAAACCAGCAUGGAACAUUUUUCGCAUACAGAAGCAACGUUUGGGUUUUGAUGAUUACAUGUUCAGUGUUUUUAUUCACAUUUUUGUUAAUCAUUUGUGGAAAGAGGCAAUUAAUGGAGAGCAUUCUUCACAUGUGUGGACAGAAAAAAGAAACAAAACAGAGCCAAAAAUCAAACAAAAUGAUCCACUGUGCAAUGUAUCGUUAGGUUUUCAAAUGUGUUAAGUAUUAGAACUCAUGUGAUAAUUCACUCUGCUUAUUUGACAGUGCAUGCAGUGUGACUGAUAACUCAUGCAGUGCUCAUGUGAUAAUUCACUCUGCUUAUUUGAAAGUGCAUGCAAUAUGACUGAUAACUCAUGCUCUGCCCAUGUGACGAAUCAUGCAUUGCUCAUGUGAUAAUUCACAGUGCUUUUGUGAUAAUACAUGAAAUACUUACUGAUAACUCAUGCAGUGCUCCUGUGACAAAUCACGCAGUGCUCCUGACAAAUCACGCAGUGCUCCUGUGACAAAUCACGCAGUGCUCCUGACAAAUCACGCAGUUUUUACAUGUAUGUAAUAAACCCUACCUCUCUUGUGUUAUAAUUCAGUUCUUACGUAAAAGUGCUUGUCUCACAGUCUUCUGAUUUUUGUUUGCAAAAGGUUGAUUCCACUUACUGCCUUUAAAUAUUUGUUUAUUAUAUUGGAAAAGAAAUUAAUGGCAAAAAAGAAUCGUAAAGUGAAAAUCACUCAUGUCCUAAUUAGAUUGAAAUUUUCUUUUAUAUGUAUAAUUAUCAGCUUCUUGCAUGGAAUAAAAUUCAACAAAAUUUUCAAGAGGCUGGCUGGAAAAAUUGUUGGAUAUAUGUCAAACUAGCAUCUGUUCUGUACCCACUGUAGCUAUUUGUCUGUGUAGUCCAAAAGCUAUUACUUUGUUGAAUGCAGUAUUUAGGUAUGCAAUACGUUUUUGUAUCACCAGGAUUAUGAUGUAACAAACAUGAAAUCAUAUUGAUACUUGUGCUGGCAGUCUAAGAAAUGAUGUUUUGUAAAUUAAUAUAUUUUUUAAAAAUGUAUUGAUAGUUGAAAAUAAGACAAAAAACAAAAAAACAAAA